AUUUGGAGGAAGAGGGCUUCUGAGGGAUUCCCUGAGAUCGGUUUGUGCAUUCACGCAUGAUUUCUACUUUCUAACCCUAACGAAGACGCGGCUCCAACUCCGAGCAGGCAAAAACCAGAGCGAGACAGAGAGACCUUUUGCGAGGGAAGCCCCCCGAAAACAUGGCAGCAACCGGUGGUUCCAGCGCGUCGGCGACCCGGUACGACGUGUUCUUGAGUUUCAGAGGGCCCGACACUCGCAACAACUUCACCGACUGCCUCUACCGGACCAUGUUCGGCCAGGGAAUCGUCGCCUACAGAGACAGCGAAGAGCUUCACGCUGGUGAUCGGAUCGACGAUCUCCUGAGAGCGGUCGGCAACUCCAAGAUCUGCAUACCGAUCCUCUCCAAAGGCUAUGCUUCGAGCGCUUGGUGCCUCCGCGAGCUCGCUCGAGUGACGGAGCUCCGUGAAUCGACUGGGAAGCCGGAGAUCCUACCCAUCUUCUUUGAUGUCAUGCCCAUCGACGUCAAGCUCAGGACGGAACUGUACCUGAAGGACCUGGAGAAGCAUGAGCAGAGGCACGGUGCCGAGAUGAGGCAACAGUGGGAGGCGGCUCUGGGAAAAGUGGCUGAGAUCAAGGGAUGGGAAGUUCAAGGGAAAGCACAAGGUGAAGUCAUUGAACUCGUUGUGAAAGAGGUUCUAUGUAAGCUGAAGGUAAAACAAAGACCUUUGGACAACAAAUUGGUUGGGGUAGACAAACAAGUAGAAGCCAUAAUGGAUUUGUUAGACAAACAAGUUGACUCUGGCACGGGUGUGGGUUUCGUUGGAAUCCAUGGAAUGGGCGGGAUUGGUAAAACUACUCUUGCUAAGAUUGUUUUCAAUGAAUUAUGUCUUCAGUUUGAUGGCCAAUGCAGCUUCAUUGGGAACAUCCGAGAAUCAUCAAAAGGAAAUGGCCUAGUAAAUCUGCAAAAACAGUUGGCAUUUGACAUCUCUGAUUCUAGAUUUGUAGAAAAUUUUAGCAACACUGAUGAAGGGAUAGACAGCAUAAGAAGGAGAGCUAGUUCUAAGAAAGUUCUCAUUGUUCUAGAUGAUCUAGACAAGAAAGAACAACUUAAGAAACUAGCUGGGGACCUCAACACUUUCUGUUCUGGGAGUAGGAUUAUCAUUACAACAAGAGACAAACGAAUUUUGGAUGAAGAGAAGGGAAUAUUAGCUUAUGAAGUGAAGGAAAUGGAUUGUGAUAAAGCGCUAGAACUUUUCAGUUUGCAUGCAUUUAACGAGGUCUCUCCUCCCAAUGCUUAUCGAAGUCUCUCUCAAGAAGUUGUAUUUAUGACCGGGGGACUCCCAUUGGCUCUUGAAGUCAUAGGUUCCUAUCUUUAUGACCAAAAAGAGGAAAUAUGGAAAGAAAUGCUAGAAAUGUUGAAGAAUGUACCUCAUGAUGAAGUCCGGGAUAAGUUGAGGAUAAGUUAUGAUGCAUUAGGAGAUGUGGAAAAAGAAGUUUUUCUUGAUAUCGCAUGCUUCUUCAUAUCUGAAAAUAAAUUAUGGGCAGCCUAUUUCUGGGAUGCUUGCCAUCUUUACCCCCAUAAGUCAUUGAAAAAACUUACCGACUUGUGUCUAAUUAAAAUUGUUGAUGGUGAUACUAUAUGGAUGCAUGAUCAAUUGAGAGAUCUUGGAAGAGACAUUGUUAAAAAAGAAUGUGCCCUUAGUAGGUUGUGGAAUGACGAAGAAGCUUUGGAAGUAAUGAGAUCGAAAGAGAGAAAGGACAAAAUUAAAGCACUCAAUUUAGGUCAAUAUAAUUCGGAUCCCAUCAGCAUUAUGGAUGAAGAACUUGAGAGGAUGCCAAAUCUAAAAUUUCUCAAGUUAUAUAGAGGGACUUUUGCUGGAGACAUCAACAAUAAUCUCCAAGAGCUAAGAUGGCUUUCUUGGCAUUAUCCUCCUUUAGAUCCUGGAAUGGCCUACUUACACUUGAAAAAUCUAGCACUUUUUGAACUUUCAUUCAAUGACAACAUCGAUAACUGGGGUGGAUGGAACAUUUUGAAGAUGGAAAACAAAUUGAAAGUUCUUUCUCUCAUUGGUUGUCCUGGAUUGAAACAGACUCUAGACUUUUCUGGAUGCGUGAGUUUGGAGAUACUAUCUCUUAGUCACUGUUCAAACUUGCAAGAAGUUGACUCCUCUAUUGGGAAACUAAAAUAUCUUACUCACUUGCAAAUUAAUUGGUGCCCAAAUCUUCGAAAUUUGCCUAAAGAGAUUGGAGGACUAGUGAAUCAAGCACUUUUCUAUCUAAGGGUGCUGGAAAAUCAAGAAACUUCCAGACAUCGGGAAAUUAGCAUCAUUGUUGAAGUUGGAUAUAUCAUAUACAAAAAUUACAAGUUUACCCGAUUCUAUUGGUAAUGCAAAGAACCUAUCAUCCCUUGAUCUAUCAGGGAUGUCAAUUGUGGAACUUCCAAUUUCUAUUGGAGAGCUUACGCAACUCAAAUUCCUUUCAAUCUCUGAUUGUCAUAAUUUUGUGGAGCUUCCAGAAUCAAUAGGUUAUUUGACAAAAUUACAGAUGUUGGAUCUCUCAAGUACAAAAAUUAUUGAGUUACCUAAUUCGAUAAAGAAUCUCAAGCAAUUGAAGGUGAUGAAA